AUGGCUUCACUAAACAAGACCGGCACGGAGCCGAUCGCCGUAUCAGAGAAGGUCCUACACGGCGUCCACGCCGCCGAAACCAACUCACCAUCUCCGUCGUCGGGCUCAACUCCAUCUAUCAAUGAAAAGCCGCCUCCGCCAUGGACCUGGAAAUUGACUGCAGUUGUCCUCGUCACCUUGGUUCGUUUCGGUGGUUCUUGGAGUUCCGGUAUCACGGGUGCAAUGAAGAGCACGCUCAAGAAAGAGCUCAAGAUCAACAACACUCAAUACGCUCUGCUCGAGGCCAGCGAGGACUUCAUGACAACACUUUUGAUUCUUGGUAGCGGUCUUCUCACUGAUCGCCUUGGUGGCGCAGGUGCUCUAUUUUACGGCAACAUCGUAUACUCGAUAGGAGCCAUCUUGGUUGCAGCAGCAGCGCAAGUACGCUCGUUUAAUUUCAUGAUCGGUGGUAGAGUUAUACUGGCGAUUGGCGAUAUCUCGACGCAAAUCGCUCAGUAUCAAGUUUUCUCCGCUUGGUUUGCGCCCAACAACGGUUUCGGAUCGACAUUGGGUCUCGAACUUAUGGUCGCUAAGCUCGGCGCCUUCACGGGAACCAGCACCGCCAAUAUCAUUGCCGUGAACACGGGCGACUUUGCUUGGGUCUAUUGGGUGGCGGUAUUCAUCAACUUCUUCACCAAUAUUUGCUCGGCAAUCUUCUUCUGGUUCAAUAAGAAGUCAAGUGAGAAGUUCGGCCAUAGUGUCGAUCCAGUCACCGGCGAGAAGCUGAUGAAGAAGGGAAAGAAAUUGGAGGUCCGCAAGGUUCUUGAAAUACCAUGGGUAUUCUGGAUGCUGAUGCUCUACUCACUAUGCUACACCUCAACCGCGAUCGUCUUCAGCGGUAAUGCGACCGAACUUGCUGAGCAGAGAUUCGAUAUUGACUCUGUCACUGCCGGAUGGUAUACUGCGUUGUUCAGAUACGCUGGCUUCUUCAUCGUGCCUGUCGUUGGAAUCUUCAUAGAUUUCAUGGGUCAACGAAUUACCCUAUUGGUUGUAUCUAGUUUUGGCAUCUUCAUCUCGAUGGCUUUGGUGAACUGGGCUCCAAUGGUCAGCGGCACGGCAGCAGCAUUUGGCGUUUAUGCUGUGUUGACCUCUUACAAUCCCACUGUUCUCAUUGAUGGUAUGCGUGCAUCAUUGUGGCAACAGAGCACCUUCGGUACUGCGUACUCGCUCAAGAUUAUGAUGAACAAUGCUGCCAAUAUCAUCGUCCGUAUCGUAUCUGGCGCGAUUCAAGAUGCUGACGAUAACUCUUACGAUAACGUUGUUAUCUUGUACGUUGCCAUGGCUGCGUUUUCGGUAACGGUAUCCUGCGUCAUGAUGGUCUUGGCGUGGCGCUCACCAGAUCUUCGACAUCUCCAAUGGAGUAGAAAGCAGCGCAUGGGACGAGCGGUGUUGCUGGCUGAUCGAAAGGACAGGUUUAUGGGGGAGAAAGCACCUCGUAACGCGCUUAUCUCCAAGGUUUGCUUUGGUCUCUUGAUGAUGCUCCUACUAGGUGGGUGGGCUGCGUAUAUCUGGGGCGCUGUGACUGGGCACAACGGCUAG